GGCAGACCCAGCGCUCCGGCCCGACCCGGCUCGGCUCCGCUCGGGUGCACGCCGCGGCCAUGCAGCGCCGGGGCGCCCUGUUCGGCAUGCCGGGCGGCAGCGGCAGCAGGAAGAUGGCUGCAGGAGACAUCGGCGAGCUGCUGGUGCCUCACAUGCCCACGAUCCGCGUGCCCAGGUCGGGGGACAGGGUGUACAAGAACGAGUGCGCCUUCUCGUACGACUCCCCCAACUCUGAAGGUGGACUCUAUGUAUGCAUGAAUACAUUUUUGGCCUUUGGAAGGGAACAUGUUGAAAGACAUUUUCGAAAAACUGGACAGAGUGUAUACAUGCACCUGAAAAGACACGUGCGAGAGAAGGUAAGAGGGGCAUCUGGUGGAGCAUUACCAAAAAGGAGGAAUUCCAAGAUUUUUUUAGAUCUAGAUACUGAUGACGAUUUAAAUAGCGACGAUUAUGAAUAUGAAGACGAAGCCAAACUUGUUAUAUUCCCAGACCACUAUGAAAUAGCACUACCAAAUAUUGAGGAGUUACCAGCCCUGGUAACAAUUGCUUGUGAUGCGGUUCUCAGCUCAAAAUCUCCAUAUAGAAAGCAGGACCCAGACACAUGGGAAAAUGAAUUGCCAGUAUCCAAAUAUGCCAAUAAUCUUACCCAGUUGGACAACGGAGUCAGGAUUCCUCCAAGUGGUUGGAAGUGUGCCAGGUGUGACCUGCGGGAAAACCUCUGGUUGAAUCUGACUGAUGGCUCUGUGCUGUGUGGGAAGUGGUUCUUUGACAGCUCUGGAGGCAACGGCCAUGCGUUGGAGCAUUACAGAGACAUGGGCUAUCCUCUGGCUGUGAAGCUGGGAACCAUUACUCCUGAUGGGGCAGAUGUUUAUUCUUUUCAAGAAGAGGAACCCGUUUUGGAUCCUCAUUUGGCCAAGCACUUAGCACAUUUUGGAAUUGAUAUGCUUCAUAUGCAUGGGACGGAGAACGGGCUUCGGGACAAUGACAUCAAGCCGCGGGUCAGCGAGUGGGAAGUGAUCCAGGAGACCGGGACAAAGCUGAAGCCCAUGUAUGGCCCUGGGUACACGGGUCUCAAGAACCUGGGCAACAGCUGCUACCUGAGUUCUGUCAUGCAGGCCAUCUUCAGCAUCCCAGAAUUCCAGAGAGCGUAUGUAGGAAAUCUUCCAAGAAUAUUUGACUACUCUCCUUUAGAUCCAACACAGGACUUCAACACACAGAUGACUAAGUUAGGACAUGGCCUUCUCUCGGGCCAGUAUUCAAAACCUCCAGUGAAAUCUGAGCUCAUUGAACAGGUGAUGAAGGAGGAACACAAGCCUCAACAGAAUGGGAUCUCUCCACGCAUGUUUAAGGCCUUUGUGAGCAAGAGCCAUCCGGAGUUCUCCUCUAACAGACAGCAGGAUGCCCAGGAGUUUUUCUUGCACCUGGUGAAUCUAGUAGAGAGGAACCGCAUUGGCUCAGAAAACCCAAGCGAUGUUUUUCGGUUUUUGGUAGAAGAACGCAUUCAGUGCUGUCAGACACGAAAAGUUCGCUACACGGAGAGGGUGGAUUACCUGAUGCAGUUACCUGUGGCCAUGGAGGCAGCAACGAACAAGGAUGAACUGAUUGCCUAUGAGUUAACGAGAAGGGAAGCAGAAGCAAACAGAAGACCCCUUCCCGAGUUGGUUCGUGCCAAGAUACCAUUUAGUGCCUGCCUUCAGGCCUUUUCUGAACCAGAAAACGUAGAUGAUUUCUGGAGCAGCGCCCUACAAGCAAAAUCUGCGGGUGUGAAAACAUCUCGCUUUGCCUCAUUCCCUGAAUACUUGGUAGUGCAGAUAAAGAAGUUCACUUUUGGUCUUGACUGGGUUCCCAAAAAAUUUGAUGUUUCUAUUGAUAUGCCAGACCUACUUGAUAUCAAUCAUCUCCGAGCCAGGGGGUUACAGCCAGGAGAAGAGGAACUUCCGGACAUCAGCCCCCCUAUAGUCAUUCCUGAUGACUCAAAAGAUCGCCUGAUGAACCAACUGAUAGACCCCUCGGACAUUGAUGAGUCAUCAGUGAUGCAGCUGGCGGAGAUGGGCUUCCCUCUAGAAGCGUGUCGGAAGGCUGUGUACUUUACUGGAAAUAUGGGAGCCGAAGUGGCCUUCAACUGGAUCAUUGUUCACAUGGAAGAGCCAGAUUUUGCUGAACCACUGACCAUGCCUGGUUAUGGAGGAGCAGCUUCUGCUGGAGCCUCUGUUUUUGGUGCUACUGGAUUGGAUAACCAGCCUCCGGAGGAAAUUGUUGCUAUCAUUACCUCCAUGGGAUUCCAUCGAAAUCAGGCUGUUCAGGCGCUGCGAGCCACAAAUAAUAACCUGGAAAGAGCACUGGAUUGGAUCUUUAGUCACCCUGAGUUUGAGGAGGACAGCGACUUUGUGAUCGAGAUGGAGAAUAACGCCAAUGCAAACAUUAUUUCUGAGGCCAAGCCUGAAGGACCUAGAGUCAAAGAUGGAUCUGGAAUGUAUGAAUUAUUUGCAUUCAUCAGUCACAUGGGAACAUCUACAAUGAGUGGCCAUUAUGUUUGCCAUAUUAAAAAGGAAGGAAGGUGGGUGAUCUACAAUGACCACAGAGUGUGUGCCUCAGAAAGGCCCCCCAAGGACCUGGGCUACAUGUACUUUUACCACAGGGUGCCACGCUGAGCCUCAGAUGCGUCAGUCGGCGAGAGGAAGCCACACGCCUUUUUAAUUUGCCAAAAAAAAAAAAAAAAAAAAAAAAAGCAAGCAGAAGUUGGGACAACCAGACAUGAAGGAAUACAUGGGGUAUUUAUAGUUUAUUUAAAGAACAUCAUUUGACGCUUUCUGAAAUAGAACUGGGAAGAAAUUUCUAUUAGUGAUGAUACACUACUGUAGAUAGUUUUUCUUUUUAUAAAUGUUUAAGGAGAGGAUGAUUUAAAAAAAAAAAGUAUUUAUAUUGCUGGUGGGGGAUCUGCCACUGUCACACCAAAAAAUGGGAAUGUGCCGCCAGCCCUCUAUUAUGAUUUGGGGGCCAGUGGUGUGGCCUCACCUACCCCGCCCCCCCGCAGUAAAUGAAAAGCCCAUUUUUGUUUCAUAUCGAAAAUCAGUAAUGGGGAUGGGCUUUAUUUGUGACACAAUGUUUUCAUUAUACACAAUUUCUGACCUAUCCAUGUAUAGAAGAUUAGAGCAUCUGCAGUGAAAGGUAUUUUUAAUUUAAUCGUAUCAAAAAUCAUAACGUGAUUGUGUGAGUGUGUGAGGGUGAGACCGUUGUCGUCAACCAGGAAAUCUGUGCCGGGCUGGUUUUUAAAGGUUAAAGCAGUUGGUAUUAAGCAUAGCUGGGAAAAGCGAGUAACUAUUUUAAAGAAACUAUAACUCAGGAACAGUUUUAAAAAUUGGCUCCCCGCUUAGAUUUUCAGGCGUAAAAAGGGCUGAGUCGUCCCUUUAAGUGCUGUUGAGAAUUCACCGGGGUUUGUGACAUUUGGUGAAAUAAGGCCAGAUGCCCCCGGCAGCACAAUAUUGUUCUUUGCCAAACAAAGGUAGGUAAAUUCUGGUUCUCAGCAGCCCUUCCCGCUAAGGCAUAGUGUGUACUUUUAGUUAAAAUAGCUAAUCUUACCAUAACACGUAACAAUUCCCUGGAAUCAAAGUGCCCCAAAUUUGUCUGUAAUUUUCUUGUCCCCGCACUCUUUGCCUGCCUCCGUUUCUCCGUUUUCCUGGGGCUAGAGUCUCCUCUUGGCCCUCUCUUGACUAAUCACCUCCCAAAUAGCAGUGUGAUCUCGGGUGCCUUAAGGGCCUCGGGUGCAAAGAAACUUUUUAGGACAUUAUGAAAGACCAUCUUUUCCAUUUUGGUAUCUUGGUAUUUUUAUUGCAACCUGGGAUUAGAUCAGAGUUUCAAAUGCGAUGAAAAAGUACAACAAAAGUGGUUUAACGUCUUCCUGCAGCUCUGUACUGAAUUCCAAGGUCUCUGGAGUUUCUAUUUCAGAUUGACCAGUCAAAUGAAGAAGGAUCUAUUGCAAUCUGCUUAACAUGCAUUUGAUUGGUAGCAAGGAUCUUUCUAGAAACUGUAGGAAAAUAAAGUAGAACCAGCUGGGUAAAAUGCCACACAGACGAUUGAUUACAACAUGGUGAGUGGUGAACAGUCAGGAUUCUGGGUAUGAUCAGGGCCCUUCUCUGGGGAGUUCAGCUACACCGUGUGUUUGUGAGGGUUGCUGUGCCCGAGGCCCAGGGCCAAGAUGUGGGUGCUGCCCCUAGCUGGGCAAGUCCCUCAUCCUCCCUGUGCCUCAUUUUCCUUAUCUGCACAAUGACACCUGCUCUCUCUUGCCCACUAUACUUUGAGAAUAUGGUGAGAUUUGAUACAAUGACCCGUGAAAGAGUAGCACGUCGGGUGCCACGCGGGUCCUAGUAGGGUGUUCUCCCUCCUUCUCUCACCUUAUGUUUUCUUCAAUUUGGGAACAAAUACAAUUGGCAUAAGGAGGGAGCUCAUGGUGCAGUAAUACUCUCUUUACUCAGUUGUGGCCACUGAUGUCCUCUUUUAACGUUGACUCGGAAAUCCUAAAACAGCCCCUCCCUGUCAUGUGAGUCUCUGACUCCUGUAGAAAACCCCAUGUUAAGCAGCCUUACAAAAUCCAGUCACCUUCGGGCUGAGUGUCAUGGAAAAAUGACUCCAAACACACGUCAACAAUGCCUUGUUCUCAACACUUUUACAAAGCAAAGGCCUUCUACGGGAGUGGGGAGAGGUGGUUAUUGGGGAUUUGGAGUGAAAUGUGGACAAAGAUAGCAUGUGUAUUUUGAACAAAAUAAAAAUUUUGGUAUAAAACUUUGCAAAAUGGUGUAAAAUCAGUAUAAGACUAUAGGCUAGAUAUUAUUUAAUUUCAUUAACUAGAAAAAUAAACUUAGCCCUUCCGAUGCCUAAACAUAUUGUAAGAAAGUAUACUACGGCUGCCUUUUUUUUUUCCUGCCUCACAAAACAAAAGGGCUAUUUCUACAAGGCAAAGUUUUGUAUAUGUGCUAUUCUUUACUUCAGAUUGAGAGUUGGGGAAAAACUAGAGCAAAUAAUCGGUUUCUUUCUUGCUUAAAAGUGUAUUUAUAUGUAUACCUUCAUAUAUACAAGGUAGGUUUCCCUGGAAUAAAAGUCUGGAACAUACUGCUCCAUUUUCACACAUAUGUUGAUGAGAUUAAUUGUGACUGAAAACUGGAAUAACGUGUAGAUUUUGUCAGCUAUCAGCCUGUGAGGAGUCCUCUGUGUGAGGUGUGGUGGUAUACUUGUGAAAUUCUCACUGUGUGUGGGUGUAUGUAUGAAAGAGUGUACUUUUUUUUCCUGUAAAUAUCUUUUGAUAUCCAUUUGUGUCAAAUCCCAAUGAAUGUGUCUUUGGAAAAUGUAUCAAAGUUUUUAUUUUGUCAAUUCAUCUAAAUGCCCAUAUAACUAAUUGGAAAUCCAGUUUGGUUCAGAUUGGGAUUUUUUUUUUAAGGGUAAAAAGCAUGCAGAAAGGACUAGCGGAAGAAUCAUGUUUUAAUGCCACUUUACAUCAACGUUGCUUCAGUGUUUUGAACAGACUUGGCUGUUUUCUUUCAACUAUAAGAGAAUGUGCCUGCCAUUUCCCUGUGCUCACUUUGGGCUGUAGAAGCCUACCCCCACUCGCUUAAGCCUGUGACUCCCAACAUCUUUUAUUUCUAAGACCAGCAAGGCCCACUGAGCUGUGCACGCACCCCAGUGCCUUGGGCCCUUUACCUCUCUGGGCUUUUUUCUUUACAGUGAAUGCAUUAAGUUGGAUAAGCUCAGAAGUCCCUUACUGCCCUAACAUUCGAUUCUAUUUUUAUUUUUCUGCGGUUACCACGGGGGCCAGAGGCGGGGAUGUGAGGGAUCCCAUAGGGGUCUGUUGUAAUGUGUUGGUUCAUUGCAGCUCGUACACCUGAGCUUAUAGAAUGUGUCAUUUUUAGUGUCCACACCUCAACCCCUCUGCCCACUUUCUUGGGUAAUUAUUCUACUUUUUUCCCAUUCUUGAAAUGCUUCACGUCUCAGUACACGAGAUACCUUGUCUCCAUCCCCUUCAAAAAUGAAAAACCUAUUUAGAACACCUUCUGUGAUGAAAGACCUCAGAACCACUUUCGGCUAAACCUGUAACAUUUAUAGAAUAUGUUCUUACUCAAAUUCAGUUACAGCUAGGAUCCCCAAAUAAGUAAGGAGAAAGUUGUCUAUCACAGAAAGGAUAUCUUUCCUCUUGUAGGCAUUACUGUUGCUAAAUUGCAUCACCUAUGGAGUCCUGGGGAGGUGGCAGGUGACGAGAAGGACUAGGGGAAAGGAUCAGAUGAAAUGUGAUUGUACCCGUCACCUAGGUCAUACAUCCUAGGUUACAGAGUAAGAUUCUGUACUCUUAAGCCGGGGUAUAAGAGCACCUACCCAGUACGGUGAAGAUUCCCUACUCUGUAUAUGUCUUGAAAGAGAUUGUAUUAAACCUCUCCAGGUCUGUGCUAUUUGGUGCAGUCAUCAGUAGCUAUGUGUGGCUCAUGACCUCUUGAAAUUGGGCUUGUCCAAAUCGAAUUUGUGCUGUUCAUGUAAAAAAAACAAAAACAAAAACAAAAAACAAAAACACACCAGACAUUCAAGGCUUGGUACCAAAAAAAGGGAAUAUAAAAUAUUUCAUCCAUAUUUUAUGUUUUUUACAUGACAAUAUUUUAGAUAAAUAAGGCAUUAUUAGAUUUCACUUUUGAUUUUUUAAAAAUCUGGCUACCCAAAAAUGCUGUGGCUUGCUUUGCACUUGGAUAGCACUGCUCUGGACUGUAGAUGGUGUGGGUUAGGCAGUGAGGUGCCCCAUGUGGAAGGUCCUUCUCCCAAGCAUCCAGAUAGACAGAAACAGCGUACAUACUUUUGCUGGAGUCAGGAGCCCUGUGAGAGACACAGAAUGCCUUAUGGAAAGCAGAAGAUUUCCCUGUGUCAAAACCAGUAUGUAUAAGACUCCACUUAAAAAACAGAAACAAAUGAACCCCAAACCUCAUUCCUUCAGCUUUGCUUAGAAGCUGCUAACUUUGCACUCGUUUUUCCAGCAUCUUCCACAUGCCAAGGAUGUUGGCAACAGGAGAGUGUUGGGCAUAUUUGCUUCACUUUAGGCAACAUUCUCUUGUGGUCUCCCCUCCCCCAGGUAUUGUCUGGUCUGUUCCGAGCUGGGUGUGUUGACAUACGGUGUAGAUCUUGCCACUCCUGUCGGCCUUGGCAGAGGCUGAGCCUGUCGCCUGCGCCCACCUGCCCAGCAGAUUUUGAUGUUGGCUCCUGAAAGAGUUUGUAUUUAUUUUAUUUUGCACUAGUCACAGUUGUUGUUAAAAUAUCUCAACUGUUUGGGGAGAGCAUUGCCUGUGAUGGAAAGAGAGAUGGAUGAUUUAUUGCUUCAGUUGUUUUAAAUUAAAGGCUAUUCUCACAA